UUUUCCAUGGAAGACAGAGUGGAAGGAGCCCAACUCAGAGAGAGGAUCCACAGUCUGUGCAAGCCUGUGAGUGUGUGUUAGUCACAAGAGUGUGUGUGUGUGUGUGUGCGCGCCGGACUCCCACUCAGUGAUGCAAAACGUCAAGGUGGAUUUUGGCAUGUGGAGGAGCAGGUAAAAAGGGCUUGUUCGUGAUGGUGCUCUGUAUGGACAAGAAGCUGUGCCAUUACAGAGGGCAACGUGGGUAAAAGAGACAUGCGACACCCAGCCCCGCACCACUGCCACCUCAUCCUGGGCGGGGCCUUGCUGCUUCUCCUGGCCAGCUCAGCUCUGAGCUGCCCCGCCCGAUGUGAGUGCUCUGCCCAAAGCAAGUCAGUUAGUUGCCACCGCAAGCGCCUACCCACCAUCCCUGAAGGCAUCCCCAUUGAGACGCGUCUCCUGGACCUCAGCAAGAACAAACUACGCAUCAUCACCCCAGACAACUUCUCUUCAUUCCAGCAGCUGGAGGACCUGGAUCUCAGUGACAACCUCAUCAGCGUGGUCGAGCCCGGCUCAUUUCGCUCUCAGCUUGCUCUCCACUCGCUCAACUUCCGCAGUAACUUGCUUCAGCUGGUUCCUGCUGGUGUGCUGUCAGGCCUUACCAACCUCACCCGUCUUGACCUCAGCCACAACCGACUGGUGGUUCUCCUGGAUCAUGCCUUCCAAGAUCUGCGCAGGUUGACAACCCUGGAGGUGGGUGAUAACGAACUAGUUUUCAUCUCUCAGCGGGCUUUUACAGGAUUACUUGGACUCCAAAGUCUGACCCUGGAACGUUCCAAUCUGACUGUGGUUCCUACUGAUGCUCUGGCACAUCUGCACAGUCUGGUCGAGCUGCGGAUGCGCUACCUGAGCAUUAGUUUUCUAAAGCCUUUCUCCUUCAAGAGGUUAUCUCGUCUCCGCCAACUGGAGAUUGAUUACUGGCCCUGGCUGGACACACUGCCUCCCCUCUCACUGCACGGACUAAACCUCACAAUGUUGUUCAUAACCAACACUAACCUGUCUGCCUUCCCCGGUGCAGCGCUUCGCAACCUGCCCUACCUCACACAUCUCAACUUGUCCUACUGCCGCAUCCAGCACAUCAAUCAGGGAGAGCUGGGCCAACUCCCACACCUGUUGGAGCUCCGCCUCCAAGGUGCUCAGCUGGUUUCUAUCGAGCCCUUGGCUUUUGUGGGCCUCAAAUCUUUGCAACUACUUGAUGUGUCACAGAACCGCCUGGACUCUCUGGAGAGGGGAGUGUUUGCAUCACCAGACACCCUCCAGAGGCUCUGUCUGGGAGGAAAUCCAUUAGUGUGCGACUGCAGAUUGCUUUGGCUGCUCAAUAGCCACAAGCCCCCCUAUCUGCAGAUUCUGGAUGUCCAGCCUGAGUGCAGCGCCCCCGAGCACCUCCUGGGGAAAACUCUGCGUGACCUCAAGGAGCCUCUGGUGUCCAGGUACAUGACCUGCACCAAGCCACAAAUUGGACCCAACACGACACAGCUGCUGAUGGCUGAUGAGGGUCAGCCCGCCCGCCUGAGCUGCAUGGCGGAGGGAGCACCUCGGCCCUCUGUGGUCUGGAUUACACCUCAUAGACGCUACAUCACAGCCAAGAGCAGCGGUAGGGUGGAAGUCCAACCAGAUGGUACCCUGGAGAUCAAGGCAGCAGAGCUGCAUGACAGCGGGGUGUACUUGUGUAUUGCCAGUAACCCUGCUGGCAACGCUAGCCUGUCAGCCUCUUUAGCUGUGAAGAGCCUGGGCACUGGGGACAGAUCUCACUAUAGCAACAGGAGCUCAAACUAUCUGACAGACUCUAACAGCACAUGGGGGAAUGGGACAGUACUGUACAACAUGACAGUCCCUAUAGACAUUAAGACUAUCAUUAUAUCUACAGCCAUGGGCUGCCUGUCCUUCCUAGGUGUGGUCGUAUUCUGCUUCCUGCUUCUGUUUGCCUGGAGCCGAGGGAAAGGACGCCAUAAGAGCAACUUUGAUAUCGAAUAUGUCCCUCGAAAAUCCAACGGGGCAGCGGCUGAGGUUACAGAAACAAGCGGCCCAAGACGGGUCAACAUGAAAAUGAUUUGAAAAUGAUGCAGUCAGCAACACAGUGCACACAUAUCAGCAGAAAAAAAAUUUUUUUCUAUGACACAGUGGAUUUGUGACAAACGAAAGUGAUGUACUAUUAUAGUGGGUGUCGAUAUGGCGGUGAUCUAGUGAUAAGUGGACAUGUGAAUAUAAAAGUGAUAUAUGAAACCGUGGACGUGUUUAUAUGAAAUAAUGUUCUCAUACAGUACAUUGAAUAUAAUACUAUAACCAACAUAUCAAUAUGGGAGUGAUAUAGUGCUGCACUAGGCAUGUGUUUCAGUGGUGAUGUGAUGAGUAAUGAUGUUGUCGACUCACCGUGACAUCAAGG